UUCGCCAUUAAUUGCUGAUUGAGUGCGCAUGCGGAUGUUUUGAAAUCGGCCGCAACACGAGCGAGUUGUUUACGUCAAAUUGAAUGUUUAUUGGCCAAGUACCUUGCGAGACUUUUUACUCUUACGGUCGCUGCUGAUUGUCCGUCCUGUUUCAUUUAGCUGUAUGCUUCUGCGAAUAGUCCUUGCAGAAUGGACACCAAAAAAGAUCUGGUGGAAUCAUCACUUCUCAACUUACUCAAAUCUCAUUCCAUGGAAAUAACAGAUCUGAUGGUGGACGAAAUCGUCCUUAACUACAUCAACUGCAUAAUUGAAGAAUUUGAUGGUUCAGAAUCAAUGGAUGAUGUUGAUCUUCAACAUUUUGUUGAGAUGAUGGAAGCAUACAUUCCAGGAUUUGCUCAUAUACAAAGUGCUGAAGUUAUUGAAUGGAUGUUCAAACUUUCACAUGCAAUAUCCGCAGACUCUAACUGUAAUACACAGAGCUCAUCUGAUUGCCACAGUUCACCUUGUCUACCUACUUCUCCUGUACAUCCCGUCCGUUCAUUGCAAGAGAAAGAUUCACUAAAACCAACAUCUAGCAAAAUCAAUAACAGAACUGAAUGUUUAAAGAGUAAUUCUUCUCCAUCAGAUAAAGUGGAAGGCAUCUUUGAUGAAAAAGUCCAUCGAUUGUUGGAGAUUUUCCCUGCGGCAUGUCACCUUGAAGCCUUCCAUUGCCUCAGUCUGGCAAGUGGAGACAUGGAUGAAGCAACUCAGUUGAUACUCGAUCGUCAUGAAUCAGGAGAAAGUAUUGUUUCAAAUAAUGAGAAAAAAUAUUUACAUUUCCAGUCUCCAAUCCAAGAUGACAAGAAAGUCAGAGACCAAAUGCUUCAAAAAUAUGCUUAUAUAGAUGAAGAAGAAGAUAAGAAGAUAUAUAGACCAGCUGCUCCCAAAAGUGUACCCAAGAAACUGGUGCGUUAUUUAGACAACAAGGUCGUUAGUACUAAAGGAGAAAGGUUCACUCUAUUUAAUAAAGAUGACGAAGAUUCUCUAAAGAAAUCUUACAUUAAUCUGAAAUCAUCCAAAAAGUAUCGGCUGCACUGAACUUUUAUCAAUGUAUUGAAAAUCUACUGAAAUCUCUUUCUAUUGACUUUCUCUCUCUUUCUUUCUUUCUUCCCAUCUCUCUAUCAUCUCUAUUGCUCUUUUCUCUCUCUCUCUCUUCUCUCUCUCUCUCUCAUAUAUAUAUAUAUAUAUAUA